AUGACAGCUGCAGGAGAGAAUGGGUCUGUGGGAGAGGUGGUGAACAGCGGCGCGGUGCAGAUUUCUGAACAGGAUGAUCGGGAAUACCGGCAUGUGACGUUUCCGAACAAGAUGCAGGUUUUGCUGAUUAGCGACCCGGAAACGGACAAGGAGGCGGCCGCAAUGGAUGUACGCGUAGGCCAGACCUCGGACCCGGCGCACCUACAGGGAACGGCGCACUUCUGCGAGCACAUGCUUUUCCUUGGCACAGGCAAGUACCCGGACGAGGACUACUACAACUCCUUCCUCAACAGCAACGGGGGAAGCUCCAACGCCUUCACCGCCAACGAGGACACCAAUUACUACUUCGACGUGAACGCUGGCCAUCUCGACGGGGCCCUGGAGAUCUUCAGCCGAUUCUUUGUCGACCCCCUCUUCACCGAGUCUGCCACGGGGAGGGAGCUCACCGCCAUCGACAACGAGAACUCCAAGAACCUCAAUUCAGACCCGUGGAGGAUAGUCCAGGUGCUGAAAAAAGAGUCGUCGGAGCUACACCCGUGGCACCAGUUCGGCACCGGCAACGCCAAGACGCUGGGAGAGGAACCGAAGGACAGAGGGGUGGACGUCAGGGCCGAGCUCCUCAAGUUCCACUCCAGGUACUACUCGGCCAACCUCAUGCGCCUCGUGGUGCUCGGGAAGGGCAGCCUGGACGAGCUGCAGGCGAUGGCCGUGGAAAAGUUUUCGCAGGUGGUGAACACGGACGCGUCUGUGCCUUCCUUCGGCGGCAACGUUCCCUUCGGGCCAGAGCAGGUAAAGCGCCGGAUACACGUGGUACCGGUGAAGGAGUCGAGAGACGUCACCAUGUCCUGGCCCUUGCCGCCUAUCGAACAGCACUUCCGCUCCAAGCCCGACAGCUACCUCAGCCAUCUGGUCGGACACGAGGGCUCAGGGUCGCUCCUGUCGCUGCUUAAGGCCAAGGGCUGGGCGAACGGUCUCAGCGCCGGUCCGUACGAGAGCGCGACGGACUGGGCGAACUUCGUGGUGUCGGUCGAGUGCACGGAGAAGGGGUUCGAGCACGUGAAUGAGAUUGUGAGCAUGACCUACCAGUACCUCAACCUGUUACGGGAGGAAGGGGUCCAGGAGUGGAUACACCUCGAGACGCAGGCGAUCGCCGCCAUGAACUUCCGCUUCUCGAGCAAGGGGGACCCCUCGAGCUACGCCUGUCGGCUAGCGGGAAACAUGCAGGUCUACCCACCGGAUCUAGCCGUUGCGGGGCAAUCUCUCCGGUACGACUACGACCCGGAUCUAGUGCGAGAGCUGCUGGGACACAUGGUUCCCUCCAACAUGCUGCUCAUGGUAGUCGCCAGGGAGUUCAAGGGGGAAACGGACAAGGUGGAGCCGUACUACGGAUCGGAGUACUCGUGCGAGGCUAUCAGCGACGACCUCAUCGAGUCCUGGGAGACGUGCGGCCGCCGGGAAGAGCUACGCCUGCCGGAGCCCAACCCCGUCAUCGCGACGGACUUCACUCUUCGUUCGCCGCCGCCUCAGCAGCAGCAACAGGAGGGGGGCGCCGCAGCAUCAUCGGCACCGGUCGGUCCCUCCCUUAUCCGGGACGACGAUUCGUGCCGUGUGUGGCACAAGACCGAUGCCCAGUUCCGCAAGCCCAAGCUCAACGUCAGGAUCCGCCUCGUGAACCCGGUUCUCUACGAUUCCCCCGAGAGCUUGGUCUUGGCCAACCUCCUGGUAGAUCUCCUGAAGGAAGACUUGAACGAGGAGUUGUACAUGGCCAGCGAGGCGGGGCUUGGGCUCAACCUUUACCUCACCAAGGAGGCCCUCUGCCUGUCCCUGGGGGGAUACAGCCACAAGAUGAAGGUCCUCCUCGAGAGAGUGGUUCACCGUCUGGGUUCCUUCGGCGAUACCCUGGCACAGGACAAGGAGGACAGCAACGACGACAAGACCACGGGGGAUGCCAUCAGCAACGGCGAUGCCAACGGCAACAGCAACGGCGGAGGCGGUGGCGGGAGCCUGUUCCAGCGCAUGCGCCAGAAGUUGCUGAAAAGGUACAAAAACGAGCAGUUCAACACGCCCUACCAGCACGCGGUGUCCGCCACGCAGAGUUGCAUGGAGGUGCCCCGGUGGAACAACGAGGACAGGCUUAAGGCCAUGGAAGGUCCCGGCAUCACGGUGCCCGCGAUGCUCGCGUUCGUCCCGAGGCUGCUGAGCGUGCUUUACAUGGAGAUGCUGGUGCAUGGAAACGCCACGGCUACCGAGGCGCUGGGACUAGCCUCGGUGGUGAUCGACGGCCUCAAGACCCGCCCCCUCCCCCCCAACCUGUGGCCGGAGGACCGCGUGGUGGACCUGUCUCUCCGGGGGGGCGGCGGGAACGAGGCCGGCACUACCGCCCUCGACCUUAGCAGCACAAGCGACAAGGGGGCUACGGGGGCGGGGGAGGAGGGUGAGAGCGGGAGCGAGAGGGUCUUGGGGCCCGAGUACCGGCGGUCGCUGGCGUGUCCCAACCCGGAAGAGACCAACUCCGCGGUGGAGUUGACGUUCCAGGUUUGCUUGGAUGGGGUGCGAGAGCGAGCGUUGCUGAAUCUCUUCACUCACCUCGUCAAAGACAAGUGCUUCGAUCAUCUACGGACCAAGGAGCAGCUAGGGUACUUGGUGUGGUCUGGCGGCAGUGUGCACGGGGGCUACGUGUACAACGCCCGCUUCAUCGUUCAAUCGAACGACCGGAGCCCCCGCUACCUGGACGGUCGGGUGGAGUCCUUUAUCGCUGGGUUCAGGGAGUUCGGGUGGCGGUUGAUCUCUUUCGAAGACGAAAAAAAAAAACUCAGACCACCCGUCCCCCUCGCCCAUGGCCCACAAUUUUGA